AUGGACGUCCCGGGCGGCGGGCACCAGAUGGACGGCUACUUCUCAGGCCGGACCAAGAUCCGGUCCCGCUCCAUCCGCAUCGCGGCCGCCGGGGUCAUCAACCGCUCCGAACGCCUCAAGAACAUCGGCCGGGUCUUCCAGGAAGACCUCAAGAACAUCUCCCUCAAGAUCUACGACCCGCAGGACGCGUUCCUGAUGCGGAUGAACCGGCUGUUCCUCUUCGCCUGCAUCGUCUCCGUCGCCGUCGACCCGCUCUUCUUCUACCUCCCCGUCGUCAACGAGAACCAGAACAACACCUGCAUCGGCUUCGACCGCGCCCUGGCCACCUUCGCCACCGCCGUCCGCACCGCCGUCGACGCCUUCUACCUGGCCCGGAUCGCGCUGCAGUUCCGCACCGCCUUCAUCGCCCCUUCCUCCCGCGUCUUCGGCCGCGGCGAGCUCGUCGUCGACUCCGCCGCCAUCGCGCGCCGCUACGUGCGCCGCUUCUUCGUCUUCGACCUCCUCUCCGUGCUGCCCUUGCCGCAGCUCCAGAUCAUCAAGUUCUUGCUGCGGCACAAGGGGCAGGACCUGCUGCCCAUCAAGACGGCGCUCUUCUUCAUCGUGCUCGUCCAGUACGUGCCGCGGCUCGUCAGGAUCUACCCGAUCACCUCCGAGCUGAAGCGGACCACGGGGGUCUUCGCCGAGACGGCUUUCGCCGGCGCCGCGUUCUACCUGCUGCUGUACAUGCUGGCGUCGCACAUGGUGGGCGCGUUUUGGUACUUGCUGGCCAUCGAGCGGCUGGACGACUGCUGGAGGGAGAAGUGCACGGGGCUCAAGUUCCACCAGUGCAAGACUUACAUGUACUGUGGUGGCGGGAUACUGGGCCAGCCCGGGUUCGUCGAGUGGAGGACCAUGAUCCGGCAGGUGCUGGCCCAGGAAUGCGCGCCGAUCGACGGCGGCGGCACCGGGUUCAACUACGGGUUGUACACCACUGCCAUCACCUCUGGGGUCACGUACACGCCUAACCUCUUUGCCAGGAUCCUCUUCUGCCUCUGGUGGGGGCUCCAGAACCUCAGCACCGUUGGGCAGGGGCUUGACCAGACGACGCACUACAAAGGGGAAGCGUUGUUUGCCAUCCUGCUGGCGCUCUUCGGGCUCAUCCUCAUGGCGCUGCUCAUCGGCAACAUGCAGACGUACCUCCAGUCGAUGACGCUGCGGAUGGAGGAGAUGCGGCUCAAGCGCCGCGACUCGGAACAAUGGAUGCACCACCGCCUGCUCCCCGACGACCUCCGCGACAGGGUCUGGCGCCACAACCAGUACAAGUGGCUCGAGACGCGUGGCGUCGACGAGGACGGGCUCGUCAGCUGCCUGCCCAAGGACAUCCGGAGAGACGUGAAGCGCCACCUCUGCCUCCGCCUCGUGCGCCGCGUGCCGCUGUUCGCGAACAUGGACGAGCGACUCCUCGACGCCAUCUGCGAGCGGCUCAAGCCCAGCCUAUGCACGGAGGCGACAUACGUGGUGCGCGAAGGGGACCCGGUCGACGAGAUGUUGUUCAUCAUCCGUGGCCGGCUCGAGAGCUCGACCACCGACGGCGGCCGGACCGGGUUCUUCAACAGGGGUUUGUUGAAAGAAGGGGACUUCUGUGGGGAAGAGCUGCUGACGUGGGCGCUGGACCCCAAGGCGUCGGCGAACCUGCCGCUGUCGACGCGCACCGUGAAGGCGAUAUCCGAGGUGGAAGGCUUCGCGCUGCACGCCGACGAGCUCAAGUUCGUGGCCGGGCAGUUCAGGCGGCUGCACAGCAAGCAGCUGCAGCAGACCUUCAGGUUCUACUCGCAGCAGUGGCGCACCUGGGCGUCCUGCUUCAUCCAGGCGGCGUGGCGGAGGUUCCAGAAAAGGAGGGCGGUGGAGCAGCGGCGGAGGGAGGAGGACGAGAUGUACAUGGCGGCGGAGGAGGUGGCGGCGUCGUCGAGCAGCCAGAUGAAGACCACGUUCCUGGUGUCCAGGUUCGCCAAGAAGGCCAUGCGCGGCGUGCAGCGCCAGCGGUCGCUCAAGGCCGAGAGCCUCAUCAUACUGCCCAAGCCGCCCGAGCCAGACUUCGGCAAAAUGGACUACUGACUUACUGAGUGCAUAUAUACGUCGGUCCGUUAAUUAGUUACGUCGUCGUUUACAG